UGUCUGGGCAGGUUUGGAGUCUGGCAAGCUCCCCUGGCCUGUGCAUCCCCCUGGAGAGGAAGAGGAGGGGGAGGCCUGUUUUCUCUGGAUCCAGUGGUCACAUCCCCAUCAGAAGUCCUGAAUGCCUACCUCAGGUGUCGUCAACAUGGAGUUCUGAAGUCCGCGUGGCUCUUCACAGUGAAUCAGGUGUUAAGGAAGAUGCAGAGACGCCACAGCAGCAACACGGAUAACAUUCCACCUGAAAGAAACCGCAGCCAGGCGCACAGCUCCGAGGCCAGUGUGGAUGAGGGCGGCGUCUUCGAGAGUCUGAAGGCAGAAGCGGCCUCCCCGCCCGCGCUCUUCUCCGGCCUCGCAGGCAGCCUCCCCGCCAGCCCGUUCCCGUCCAGCCUGGUGCUGGGGUCCUCGGCCGGAGGCGGGGACGUGUUGAUCCAGAUGCCGGCGUCCCGGGAGGAGGGAGGGGGCCGGGGCGAGGGAGGCGCCUACCACCACCGCCAGCCCCACCACCAUUUCCACCACAGCAGCCACCGCGGGAGCUCCCUGCUGCAGCACGUGGGCGGGGACCACCGCGGGCACUCCGAGGAGGGGGGCGACGAGCAGCCGGGGACGCCCGCCCCCGCCCUGUCCGAGCUGAAGGCUGUGAUCUGCUGGCUGCAGAAAGGCCUGCCCUUCAUCCUGAUCCUCCUGGCCAAGCUGUGCUUCCAGCAUAAGCUCGGCAUCGCUGUGUGCAUCGGGAUGGCCAGCACCUUCGCAUACGCCAACUCUACGCUCCGAGAACAGGUGUCUCUGAAGGAGAAGAGGUCCGUGCUGGUCAUCUUGUGGAUCUUGGCCUUUCUGGCAGGCAACACCCUGUACGUGCUUUAUACGUUCAGCUCUCAGCAACUGUACAACAGCCUCAUCUUCCUAAAGCCCAACCUGGAGACACUGGACUUCUUCGACCUGCUGUGGAUCGUGGGGAUCGCAGACUUUGUGCUGAAGUACAUCACCAUUGCCCUUAAGUGCCUCAUCGUGGCCCUGCCCAAGAUCAUCCUGGCCGUCAAGUCCAAGGGAAAGUUCUAUCUGGUCAUUGAGGAACUGAGCCAGCUGUUCCGAUCGCUUGUCCCCAUCCAGCUGUGGUACAAAUACAUCAUGGGCGACGACUCCUCCAACAGCUACUUCCUGGGAGGGGUCCUGAUCGUCCUUUACAGCCUCUGCAAGUCAUUCGACAUCUGUGGCCGUGUGGGCGGAGUUAGGAAAGCCCUGAAGCUUCUCUGCACCUCUCAGAACUAUGGAGUCCGGGCCACCGGGCAGCAGUGCACAGAAGCCGGCGAUAUCUGUGCCAUCUGUCAGGCUGAGUUCCGAGAGCCUCUGAUUCUCCUGUGCCAGCAUGUGUUCUGUGAGGAGUGCCUCUGCCUGUGGCUGGACCGUGAACGCACCUGCCCGCUCUGCCGCUCAGUCGCCGUGGACACACUGCGCUGCUGGAAGGAUGGCGCCACGUCGGCGCACUUCCAGGUGUAUUAGUGCUGGACGCCGAGGACACGCAGAAGGACGCCGGAGGAUUCAAGACCCUUGCCCCUGUGUGCCGCCAAGCCAGGACGUCUGCCUUUGCUUGGCAUCCCUGCCUCUCCUGGUACUCAGCAAGACGUCUCUUCCAGGGCAGCAAGGCAUCUUUCAAGCUCUGUUACUAUGGCGAUGGCGGUGAUGUUACAAUCCCGCUUGCCUGGAUAAUCAAGCAGGAAGGGGGAGCAGAGGGAAACGGGACCAGGUGGAUGUGGCUGCUCUGUUCUUCCCACCUUGAGGGAGAACCGAGGGGAGGCAACAGGAACUUCUGCAACUGCUUUUAUGAGAAAAACAGUCCUGCCUGCAGAUGCUGUGAGAAGCCCAGGAAGUUGGAGCCAGAGGAGGCCGAUUCUGAUGCAGGUGUGUGACGAAGCAGGUAGCACAACCUUUUGGGAGUCAGACCUGGAAUUCUGAUUCCAAACUCUGCAUCACUUUGGGAAGUCACUUUACCUCCCUGUGGCUGUCUCCACGGUGACAUAACCUAGUAUAUGAUCUGCUGGAAUCCGGGAAACUAACAACGUAGAUUACUGGUGAAUGCACCAGUGGUUUUGCCAGUUACAUCCAUGCCAUAUACACACACACAAAAUUCUACCAUCCUGCAAAUAAUGAGCCAUGUGUCGGACACUAUAAAGAAUGUCAUGUGGGGGACAGGAGGAUGGUUUAGUUUAGGAUUUUAUUUAUUCAUAUCCUACCCUCAUGGGGAACGUCCCAUCUGAGGUUUUCUUCUGGGUGGGAGGAUUUAACUUCUACUUUGGGGGGAAACAGUGACUAAUGCCAGUUUCCCAGCACCAGGCUGCAUGAAUUCCCCAACACUAGGGUGAAUACAGCCAAGUGUCCUUGUUGGAAAAGAACAAUGCCACUCCCCUUUGCCCAUUUUGGCGCUGCAACUCAUUUGUUAUGAACAGGAUUAAUCAAGUAUCAGGUUCAGACUCUCCUGCUCUUAAUAUUUCAUGAUUCACUGACUCAAGUUCCACGACAUCCUUAGAUAUGGGUCCUCAUAAUGUAAGGUCUCAAGAGUGAUGCAUGUGAGGGAAUAAGAAGGGCAAGCGUUGGACUCAAAUGUGAUAGGUUCAUCCGCUUUAAAAGAGAAGACUGCAUGGACUGCAAAGACUCAAGAUUGGAAGGAGGAGGCGUAAAGUGGGUCCUGGAACCUUUUUGUGCGCGUGUGUAUCAGAGUCUCACUCUGUCUCCCAGGCUGGAGUGCAGUGGCACACUCACACUCA